GGAAAUUGACUAUUUACUCUAUCUAAAUUCUACAAAAACUUGUCUAAAUCUCUCUCGGAAUUGGAUCUAUCACUUUCUUCAACAUCUCGAAUCCUCACGCCGCGGCCAGAAUUGCAGAAGUAGCAGCAGAUCAAGCUUGGAAGGAAACAUGGAGUCUGGUUUAACUAUCACCGCCCAAAAGCAUCGUAAGAAUAAAUCAACAUGUGAAGACGACUUAUUCUACAAGUUAACUGAAUCACUUAUAACUCACAUCAUCUCUUUUCUCCCAACCAAAGAUGCCGUUCGCACUUGUGUCUUAUCUAAACAAUGGAAACACCGUUGGACUUUCCUUACCAAACUCUCCUUACUUGAUCAUCAUGAUUCUUCCCCUUCUUCCAACUUUGUAAGUUUUGUUACCAGAGCACUGCUUCUUACUCGCACGGAAACAAUUUCCCUUUCCCUCUCAGGUCAAUACGACCUAUCCCUUCUUGAUGCAUGGUUCGGUAUAAUGUUAUUAGACCGAACACUCAAAAAUCUCCGAAUCCAUUCACAUUUUAAACUUCCCUUCUCUACAUUUGCGUCUAAUUCUCUUUUCAAAAUUACCUUAUUGUUGGAAAAAUUGGAAUUACACCCUGAGUCAAUUUCCCGCAUUAAAGUUCCCUCAAAACCUGAUAUUCAUUUUGGAAACCUAAAACAUCUCAAAUUGUGUAAAAUCAAAUUUAAGACCGACUCAACCAUAUCCCCCGACCAUAUUGACCUUAGGUUCCCACACCUAACAAAGUUUGAGGCUAUAAACUGCUCUUGGUUUCUUGAUUCUGGAGCGGUCUAUGUACAUGCGCCUCUACUUCAAAGCAUAAACAUUAAAAAUGGCAGUUGCUUGUUGUAUGGAGAGGACAACUCUGCUAUCAAUUUUGUAAGUUCUUUGCAUCUGCAAGAAUUCACUUUUGCAGGUUAUUGUAUACCACAAGGCAUUAUAAUACCGUUCCCAUAUUAUGCUUAUGCUACAACCGCUAUAGAAAAGGGUCCAGUUUAUUCACCAAAUCACUCAAUUUUUGGCCUUCUUAGCCAAUUCAGUAAUGCAAAGCAAAUCAGAUUUCAGGAUCUGGCACCACCACCACCACCACAACUAUGUGUAUUUUCAAUGUUGACGAACUUAGAGGUUUUCUUCGUUAGUGUUGAUGUUCUCUUAGCUUUACUUCAAAAAUCACCAGUUCUUAAGAUACUAACUCUCAAGGGAAUACAUGAAUUUGCGGAAGAGCGUUUGAAUUCUGCUGUUGUGCCAAAAUGUUUCGCAUCUCUUGAGGAUGUGAAUUUGGAAGUUGAUGGAGUCCAGCAUGAGCUGUUUUUAGCUAAAUUUUUUAUGGAAAAAGAUAGAUGGACAUACCAAUUCCAUACACCCCCAUAUACACCCCUUAUGUGGCAUGGGUAUUUUGGAAAUUUCACACAGCUUUCUCUUUCUCACCCUCUUCUCUCUCUUAGAUCUACCUUUCUUCUCCUUCUCGCUCUGCCUCUCACUCACCCGCCACCACCACCAGCCACCGCCGCAUGCUUGCCCUUCGCCCCACCUCUCCAUUUGAUGGUCGGCCGUUGGUCCUCCUCUCUCUUUCUCAUCGACCGCCACCACCACCACCUUCAUCACCGGUCACCACCAUAAUUGGAAAAUUCUAAUCUCUGAAAAUUGCAAGGAGUGGUUCUUUGAUAGUAUUGCUCCAGAUCUUCUAAAAAAUUGUAUAUUUUCAAUUUGCAAGGAUUAUUCGGAACAGACCUGUGCAAAUUCCUGGUUGGAUUAUUAAAGACAUUCUGAUAUCUAAUGUGAAGUCGAAACACAUAAAGACAACCAAUUUUGAACGUAUGAAAGAAUUGUUGUUACGACAUUGCCAAAUUAUGGUAUGUUGUUCAUUUAUUUAAAUGCAGAGAAAAAAUGGUUACGUCUUUGACAAAUUAUGGUUAUAUUAUUCGCUUAUUUGGUUAUCUGUAAGUUACAUGUGCAAAAAAAAAAAAUCAAUUCGAGUCAAUUUGUGAGUGAGACAUUCAAAGUUAUCACCAUCCAUGUACUUCAAAUUAUUAAGGGCAGCAUAUUUUAUGCUGUUAGGUCGGAUAUGAGAAUGACGACCAAUUUUGAAUGUAGGGAAAUAAAUGGUUACGCAUUUGACAAAUUAUGGUUAUAUUGUUUGUUUAUUUGGUUAUCAAGUAAGUUCAACAGGAACACUUGUAAUUGGUUUAAUAGCAGGAGCAAGUGUGUUAGCAGCAGGUCCAUUCUCUGGUGGGUGAAUCAACCAUGCAUGUGCUUUUGGUUCUGCUUCCAUUGCUAGAACAUUCAGGAAUCAAGCUGUCUAUUGGGUUGGUCUUUUGGUUGGUGCAGCUGUUGCUGGUCUUCUUUAUGAUAAUGUGUUGUUCCCUUCUCAGAAUUCAGAUUCUAUUAGAGGGGUUUCAGAUGGAACAGUUAGGAUGUAAUCUUAUCAUUUGCUUAAAUAAUUGUAAGUUACUUGUGUUGUUACAACUUACAAGUAUAUGAAUGUUCCAUAUAUUUGGCUUCUUGAUUUUAACUAAGGCGUAAAAAUA